CGCCACGCCAAAAGGUAUAUAAAGUGUUCUGUGUGCAGAUUCAGCAUCAGUGCUCACAGUAGCCCGAGUUGGAGUUCUGUGGACAAUAAGCAAGAUCAAUAUGAAGUUUCUGGCAGCUAUCUGCGUGCUCGCCGUCGGCGUUAGUGCACAGGUUGGGCCUUCAGGAAUCGUGAGUCCCGAUGGAGUGAACACCCAGUUCUCCCACGACUUCGCCAAUGACAUUGUGCUGGUUGGACCCGCUGGCAUCGUGACGAAGUCUGGCGCCAACCGCCAGCUUACUCACGGAGAGGCCACCCUUCACGUUGCUGCACCAGUUGCUCCCCUCCCCGUGGCUCAGAUGGUGUCCCAGCGUGGCGUGAUUGGCCACUCCGGCAUCGUUCGCCCUGAUGGCAAGAACAUCCAGUUCACACACGCCCAGGCUGGCAACAUCGUGCUGGUUGGCCCCUCUGGCAUCGUGACCAAGGACGGCUCCAACAUCCAGCUGACCGACGACCUCCACUUCGUCCAGAAGCGCGAUCUCUCCGGCCAUCUGGUGGGAGCCUCUGGAAUCAUCACCAAGAGCGGCCAGCUGAUCCAGCUGGAACCUGGCGUCACAAUUGUCCAGGCUGGUCCUUCCGGUAUCAUUCUCUCUAACGGCAAGAACAUCCAGUUCACCCAUGUUCUGUGUGCAGAUUCAGCAUCAGUGCUCACAGUAGCCCGAGUUGGAGUUCUGUGGACAAUACGCAAGAUCAAUAUGAAGUUUCUGGCAGCUAUCUGCGUGCUCGCCGCCGGCGUUAGUGCACAGGUUGGGCCUUCAGGCAUCGUGAGUCCCGAUGGAGUGAACACCCAGUUCUCCCACGACUUCGCCAAUGAAAUUGUGCUGGUUGGACCCGCUGGCAUCGUGACGAAGUCUGGCGCCAACCGGCAGCUUACUCACGGAGAGGCCACCCUUCAUGUUGCCACAGCACCUGCUCCCCUCCCCGUGGCUCAGUUGGUGUCCCAGCGUGGCGUGAUUGGCCACUCCGGCAUCGUUCGCCCUGAUGGCAAGAACGUCCAGUUCACACAGGCUCAGGCUGACAACAUCGUGCUGGUUGGCCCCUCUGGCAUCGUGACCAAGGACGGCUCCAACAUCCAGCUGACCGACGACCUCCACUUCGUCCAGAAGCGCGAUACCUAUGGCCAUCUGGUGGGAGCCUCAGGAAUCGUCACCAGCGAUGGCCAACUGAUCCAGUUUGAACCUGGUGUAUUUGUUGCCAGCGCUGGUCCCUCUGGCGUUGUUCUGUCCAACGGAAAGAACAUUCAGCUCAACCUGUAAAUCAUUUUCCAUUCUAAUCUAAAACAAGAUUUUUUUUUGAAACUUCGUUCAGAAGCGCGAUGUCUCCGGCCAUCUGGUGGGCGCCUCAGAAAUCAUCACCAGCGAUGGCCAGCUGAUCCAGCUGGAGCCUCGUGUGACUGUUGUCCACUAUGGCCCCUCUGGAGGUCGUUCAGCCCAACGGAAAGAACAUCCAGCUCACCCGAUAAAUUAUAUAUUCAUUCCUAGUCUCCAUAAAAUUUGAGAUCAUCCCAUCUUACUCUGAUGGAGUUGACAAAUUUGUUAAUACAUAAUCAAUGAACAUCAAAUAAAGAUUCAUAGGAAAUUAAAA